GGAAGUAACAACCUCUUUUCUCUCCAACACUUCUCAUGUCAUUUCUGACCGGCUGGUGGCGACAGCGAGCCCAAAGCGUUCAACCACAAACCGGAGAAGAAGCGCGAGCCUGCUGCAGGUGUUUGGAGGAAGUAGCCAUGCACGGAAUAUUGCGGAAAAAACAGCGAUUAUAUUUAUAUUAACACAACGCCGACCAGGAAAUCAUCCCCACGAGGGCGGAUUUGGUGUUUGGCUUCAAGUCGGAGGCGCCCGGCCAUCGCCAUGGGAACGACGACGAGCGAGCCGUGCAUCUACGACAAGCUGUCGGAGAGCAUCGACAUCCUGCGCCAGUCGGGCUACCGCUACGGCAUGUCCGAGCGCGAGAUCGAGCGCUUCAUCAAGCGCAUGCUGGAGACCAACGAGCCGCGACGAGAGCCGCCGCAGUUCCCCCUCCUCGGGGCCACCGUCAAGUUGGUGGUGGCGGCGGGCCUCCUGCUGCUGGCGGCGCUAGCGUUCACGUACCCGCACGGCGCCCCGCAACCGGGCACCGCCCGCCCGGGGUCCCGCAACUGGUCGUCGCCGCUCAGCCACGUGCGACUGCUCGCGCUGCCCAUCGCCAAGAAGUACAACCUGCAAGGCUUCCACGAGUGGUGGAGUUUGAGCUCGCCUCGGCAGAACCCGGUCAACUGCUCGGGUUGCGCCGACAUCUCCUCGGUACUGGAGGUGCCCGAGAGCCUCCGCGGUACCGUCACGCUGCGUCCUGGGCCCCAGCUCGUCCUCUUAAAGGGCGGCGAGUCGCUCAGCCUGGAGCGGCGUCAGCUGGAGGAGCUCUACCUGGCCCGCUCGGCGUCCGUGUCCGUCCUGCUCGAAGACGAAGACGGCGGCCCGCGCAACCUCGGCGGCGACCUCCCGCGAGGGCCCGCCAACUUCACCCUGCUGUGGAGGUUCCGCUCAGCGACCAGAGAGAAAGUGUUACGGUGGCUCUUCCCCAAGGCGGAGCUCUGCCCUCUGCUGGACAGCGCCGGCACUGUCUUACAACGCUGCUUGGUCACACACAACACGGAGCCCCACAACAAGGGUGUGGCGGUCCUGGGCUGGCUGGUGGUUGGCGAGGGGCUUCCCGGGGUGCGAGUUGUUCCCGUUCAGCGAUGCCACAAACACUGCAGCUCCUUCAAGCUGUCGCUCAACCCCGGAGACAUGGUGUACGCCGACCCCCGCUACUGGCAGAUGGCGCUCUUCCCGGGCCGAGGACAGAACAUCGUGUGCGACGGCUCUGCGUUUUAGCGCUUCCGCGGCGAAUGUCCCGACGCCCCGCCGAGGCGGCGCUCGUCCGUCCGCCCGCUGUGGUCCCGCCCGCUGAGGAUGCCUUAUAAC